AUGGCGGACUGCGUUGUUCCGCGCUCUGACGUCGGUGUGUCCAGGCCUUUGCCCGCUAAAGGAUUCGACGUGGUUGCAGCCCCAGCUCGUUAUCGCGUCAUGAGCCUGUGGCCCUCGAGGAACCACCAAAAUGAUAGGAGAGGGCAUCAUGAACGACUCCCGCAUUAUUCCGUCAUGGAUCGUUUGGCUAUCCGGAUCAGUGUACCCAAUACGAAGUCGCCCGGAGCAGAUCCGACGGUUGAGUUCGUUUCGCGCGUGGGUCACGAUGAGGUCAGGCUAGGAGUAGGACCCCUGGCCGGCAAUCAUGAGGGUUGA